UGUGUGACAGAAUCAUGCUGCUGUGGAUUCUGUCCGGCUCUCUGGUUCUGUUCGGCAGUUUUGACGUCUGGUACUUCCUGAGAGGCUCGUGGAUGGUGAUCAAGUCCUGGUUCCAGGGGCCGGUUCGAGAUGUUCUGGCCGAGCAGGUGGUUCACGGACGGGUUCUCCUCCACGACCUGGACUUUAUGUGUCACAUGAAUAACGCCCGCUAUCUGCGCGAGUGCGACUUCGCCCGGUACGCACACUGCACGCGGAACGGGCUCUUCCUGGCCGCACGCGCGCUCGACGCCACCAUGCUGGUCGGAGCCACGACCAUCCGCUACAGACGCUCGCUGGCGCUCGGCGAGGCGUUCGAGCUGCGCACCCGGAUCGUGGCGUGGGAUGAGAAGUCCUUCUACCUGGAGCAGAGGUUCGUGUCCAAGUCAGACGGGUUCGUUUCUGCUGUCAUGCUGUGCAGGCAGAAUGUCAUUCGCGGAAGUCCACAGAAGAUCUUGGAACACCUUUGCAAGAGGAAGGUGGAUUGCCCUGAGAUUUCAGAGGAUCUUCAGCACUGGAUUAGAUUUAUCUCUGCCAGCAGUCAGGCUCUGAGAGCAGAGAGUGGACUGGACGACAAGACCAAAUGAUAAAUUCAAAGACUCUUACCG